CGCUUUCCAAGGGAGGGUAAUCCUCGGAGCAGUCUUCCGGCACCAGGACCACACUGAAUGGUCGCUCUUGCCUUGCUAUGCAAGUUUAUUCAGUCUAGGUCUCUUCAACAAACCACCGUCCCUGAAACUCUCCUCUGACUUUAAGUUGUUUCUCCUGAGAUCAAGGAACAAAAGAUGGUUUUGAAAAUGCUGAACCCAAUGCAUUAUAACAUCACCAGCAUGGUGCCCGAAGUCAUGCCUGUGGCCACCAUGCCGAUCCUGCUGCUCACCGGCUUUCUUCUCUUGGUUUGGAAUUAUGAAGACACGUCCUCAAUACCAGGUCCUGGCUAUUGUAUGGGGAUUGGGCCCCUCAUUUCCCACUGCAGGUUCCUGUGGAUGGGCAUUGGCAGUGCCUGCAACUACUACAACAAGAUGUAUGGAGAAUUCAUCAGAGUCUGGAUAUGUGGGGAGGAAACGCUCAUUAUUAGCAAGUCCUCCAGUAUGUUCCACAUAAUGAAGCACAGUCACUACAGCUCCCGAUUCGGCAGCAAACUUGGACUACAGUGCAUUGGCAUGCAUGAAAACGGCAUCAUAUUCAACAACAAUCCAACACUCUGGAAAGCCGUUCGACCUUUCUUCACCAAAGCUUUGUCUGGUCCUGGCCUUGUGCGCAUGGUGACAGUUUGUGUUGGAUCCAUCAUAACACAUCUGGACAGGCUGGAGGAGGUCAGCAACGAACUGGGUUACAUCGACGUGCUGACCCUUAUGCGGCGCAUCAUGCUGGACACCUCGAACAUUCUCUUCCUGGGGAUCCCCUUGGACGAAAGUGCCAUCGUGGUUAAAAUCCAGGGUUAUUUUGAUGCAUGGCAAGCUCUCCUUCUCAAACCAGACAUCUUCUUUAAGAUUUCUUGGCUAUACAAAAAGUAUGAAAAGUCUGUCAAGGAUUUGAAAGAUGCCAUGGAAAUUCUGAUAGAAGAGAAAAGACACAGGAUUUCCACAGCAGAGAAACUGGAAGACCAUAUGGAUUUUGCCACCGAGUUAAUUUUUGCCGAGAAACGUGGUGACCUGACAAAAGAGAAUGUGAACCAGUGCAUAUUGGAAAUGCUGAUCGCAGCACCAGACACCAUGUCUGUCUCUGUGUUCUUUAUGCUAUUUCUCAUUGCAAAGCACCCUAAGGUUGAAGAGGCAAUAAUGAAGGAGAUCCAGACUGUUAUUGGUGAAAGAGAUAUAAGGAUUGAUGAUAUGCAAAAAUUAAAAGUGGUGGAAAACUUUAUCUACGAGAGCAUGCGGUACCAGCCUGUUGUGAACUUGGUCAUGCGCAAAGCCUUACAGGAUGAUGUCAUCGAUGGCUACCCAGUGAAAAAGGGGACUAACAUUAUCCUGAAUAUUGGAAGAAUGCAUAGACUCGAGUUUUUCCCCAAGCCCAAUGAAUUUACUCUUGAAAACUUUGCAAAGAAUGUUCCUUACAGGUAUUUUCAGCCAUUUGGUUUUGGGCCCCGUAGCUGUGCAGGAAAGUACAUCGCCAUGGUGAUGAUGAAAGUCGUCCUGGUUACACUUCUGAGACGAUUCCACGUGCAGACAUUGCAAGGAAAUUGUGUUGAAAGUUUACAGAAAAAAUAUGGCUUGUCCUUACACCCAGAUGAGACUAGCAACUUGCUGGAAAUGGUUUUUACCCCAAGAGAUUCAGAAAAGUGCCUCAAACACUAAAGAAGGUUGGUCCGUACCUACUCUGGAGAUUUCUCAUCAGUAGUUCACAUGGAAGCCGUCCGUCUUUACCAGAUUCAGUGACCCAUGGUCAACAGCAGUCACAGAGAGAAUG